CGUUUCACCGCCACUCUGCUCUCGGCCUGCUCUACCUCCGCCGCUACAUGUAUGGUCGGAUGCAGAGAGAGCCAGGGCAACGGUUGCCGCAGCAUUCAUUAUUUUCUUCCAUACCCAAAGAAAGCUGGGCUUCCAGCAAGCACUCAGGAGCUGGUUAUCGCCGGGCCGGGGCCGCCCGGACAUCUUGUCACUAUAGUGGCUCCGGACCUGUCUGCACUUAGUGUGCAAGCCCGGUGCCCCUGAGCCGUGAGUGCACGGCAUGUCUACCGCUGACAUGAUUGAGACUCCGCCGGUGCUCAACUUUGAGGAGAUCGACUACAAGGAGAUUGAGGUGGAAGAGGUUGUUGGAAGAGGCACAUUUGGUGUUGUCUGCAAAGCAAAAUGGAGAGAGAAAGAUGUGGCUAUCAAACAAAUAGAAAGUGAAUCAGAAAGGAAGGCAUUUAUUGUUGAGCUAAGACAGUUGUCACGUGUGAACCAUCCAAAUAUUGUGAAGUUGUACGGAGCCUGUCUAAAUCCAGUAUGUCUAGUUAUGGAAUAUGCAGAAGGAGGUUCAUUAUACAAUGUUCUGCACGGUGCUGAACCACUGCCUUACUACACAGCUGCCCAUGCAAUGAGCUGGUGUUUACAAUGUUCCCAAGGAGUAGCAUAUCUACACAGCAUGAAACCAAAGGCUCUCAUUCACAGGGACCUUAAGCCACCAAACUUGUUGCUGGUUGCUGGAGGCACUGUUUUAAAGAUCUGUGACUUUGGUACAGCGUGUGAUAUUCAGACUCACAUGACAAACAACAAAGGAAGUGCUGCUUGGAUGGCUCCAGAAGUAUUUGAAGGCAGCAACUACAGCGAGAAAUGUGAUGUGUUUAGUUGGGGUAUCAUCCUUUGGGAAGUAAUUACGAGGAGGAAACCUUUUGAUGAGAUUGGUGGGCCAGCAUUUCGUAUAAUGUGGGCUGUUCACAAUGGUACUCGGCCACCACUUAUUAAAAAUCUUCCUAAACCUAUUGAAAGCUUAAUGACUCGCUGCUGGUCAAAAGAUCCUCCUCAGCGGCCCUCAAUGGAGGAGAUUGUAAAAAUAAUGUUGCAUCUUAUGCAGUAUUUCCCUGGAGCCGAUGUGUCUUUACAGUAUCCUCAGUACUCUGAUGAGGGUCAGAGCAAUUCUGCCACUAGUACAGGUUCUUACAUUGAAUUGACAUCAACAAACACUAGCAACAAAAGUGACAUUAACAUUGAUCCAAAUGAUUUCCAACCAAGCAAUGACACAAUAAAACGAAUAGAGACUAAGUUGGCACAACACAUCAAAAAUCAAUCCAAGCAAUCAGGUGAACCUGGCCGACUGAGUCUGCCUCCUUCUCGAGGUAGCAGUGUAGAGAGUCUGACUGACCCUCGCGGACGACCAUCAUCUACAUUAGGACCGUCUGAUGAUAAAAGAAUGAGUGCAGAUAUGUCAGAAUUAGAGCAGAGGAUAUCUGUGAGCACAGCCUAUCCAAAGCCUAUACGAGGUCACCGUAAAACUGCUUCAUUUGGUACUAUUCUGGAUGUCCCUGAGAUCAUCAUAACAGGAGGCAACGGGCAACAGAGGCGAAGAUCUGUCCAGGAUCUCAGUAUUGUUGGAACAGAAUCUAGUCAGGAAAGCAGAAAUAGUAGUAGAUCUUCUAGUCCAAGUGUGAGAAUGAUUACUACCUCAGGACCAACCCCCGACAAGCCUCCACGUGGCCUUCCAUGGGUCCCUGAUGAAUCAACAGAUACCAAUGGAUCUGAUAACUCAAUACCAAUGGCUUAUCUUACGCUGGAUCAUCAGUUGCAGCCUCUAGCACCCUGCCCAAACUCCAAAGAAUCUAUGGCAGUGUUUGAACAACACUGCAAAAUGGCACAGGAAUAUAUGAAAGUUCAAACAGAAAUCGCAUUAUUGUUACAAAGGAAACAAGAACUAAUAGCAGAACUGGACCAGGAUGAAAAAGAUCAGCAAAACACAUCUCGUCUUGUACAAGAACACAAAAAGCUUUUAGAGGAAAACAAAAGCCUUUCAACAUAUUAUCAGCAAUGCAAAAAGCAGUUGGAUGUCAUUAGAAGUCAACAACAAAAACGACAAGGUACCUCUUGAUUCCUUGGGACUUCUUGGCAGGGUGCAAUGAAUGACGUUUUACAAACUUUCAUCCCUUGCUGUGAACAUGGUGAUGGAUAUAUUCAUUUUUUAAGACCUUAAAGCUGCUACAUAACAGCAUGGAUGAGGACAUGCCAUAGCCUCUUGCUAUAUGAAUGUGUCAUGCUGGUGAAAACGUCUGACGUGGAAUGCUUGUCCGUUGAGAAACAUUAUCCUUUGGAGAUCUAAGUGAAGAGUUGUUCAUUUAAAUGGACUUGCAACAGCUUUUUUUCCAGAAGAAUUAUCCUACUGGACACUGUAUGACUGUAAAAUGCUUAUACUAUGAAAACAUCUUUCAUAUGCAAUAUCAAAUUGUGAAUGGCUUAAACCAUAAACCUUUAUAAAUGUUGUGAAUUUUAUUUUUUCCGUUCUUUUUCAGAGCUACUGCUUUUAAAAAUUUUAUGGACAAUAUAUCACCUCAAGUUUAAAGCAGACUUACUAAUAUUUUUUUGAAAGGAUAUCUUUCAUUUAUGAGGAUCUCAUACAGUAUGUUGUCUCAAUGAGAUAUAUAUCUCACGGACUGCUGAGAUACUUUUACCAUUAGUGUUCUGGGAAAAUAAGAUGGAUUCAAAGUUCUGUACAAAUAUAUAUAUAAUUGCUUGAAUUGAAACAUUUAAUAAAAUCCAGGUUUAUUAUGAAAAAA